AAAACUUUCAACACCAAAAUUUGCCACGAUGAGAAGAAAUAGAACACCGGGAAGCCAUCUUUAACAAAGUUCUUUUCUUUUCUGCUCUUUGUUUCCCCUCCCACGUGGAUACAAUGCUGCGAACUUCAAGUAAAUCCUACGUAUGCUGGAGAUGUGCCUUUCAAAGGGGUGCAUCACCCGCAGCUCCAAAGUCAAAUGCCAGCUUUUUGCCAAGAGCUAAUCAGCCCCGAUGGAAAAGAUCUCUGGCUACUGUUCAUCAUCCCAAGCGAGGUGGUAAUGAUCCGCUAGCGCGAUUGGAAGCCUUGCACAGAGAGGAACAGAAAAAUAAAGUCGGCAUCCGAGAGCAAUUAAGGAUAUGGGACGGAGAAAACCAGGAUGAAGUGAAAACUAUCUUAGCUGAUUACGCAGAUACAGGCGAGUUAUCCAACAGCAUUACUCGACCACAGAAUGUGUCUAUGGGUGUCUUUGACGUGUCUGCACCAUUAUUCGAUGGAGAUGAACUGGGCGACCUACGCUCCGACGAUGCCAUUCUAAAAAUUGGCGAUAUGGUUGAGUUAAGCUCCGAAGGAUCAAGAAGACCUAUGUUAGCCAUCUGCUUGGGUCGUUACAACGGGUUUGACCACUAUUACACAAGCAGUGGUAAAUGGUUCGCUGGCCUGGGUGUUAAGACUCUUUUUGUUGUUCACAACUUCGCCUCGUUGGAUGAGCUCGAACCUGUUCUUAAAGAAUUACCAUCUACUGCAGUACCCUUGGAAACACUUAAUGCUCUCCAGGACCUCGGCCAUGGUCCCUCCAGAGUCGCAGGAGCUAAGUUGCUGCGCAAGAUGUUGCAUUUCGCUCAAGGAUCCGAAGCCGUGUAUCAAGCAAAUGCCGGUACUCUGGAUGCCUCUAGUGCAUUUAUCGGUGAUCCAGUGAAGCAUCGAUAUCUGACUCUGCAUGAAAUCGCUGAGCUACUACUUCCCGAAUCUUACCAAAAGGACGGAAGGUUCGAGCCCGAAGCCCUUUACGCUGUUCACAGAGCUCUAUUACAAGACGAGGUUUUCUUUCGACCUCUUAGGCAGACUGGCCAUAGAAGAUCGUAUAUUUUCGAAAUCAGCCCGCUAUCCGAGGUCGAAAUCAUCCAGAAAGUGGAGAGUCUGGUUCGUGAAUAUGUGGAAAGAAAUCCGGGUUUCCGUAAGGACAGUUCGUCUCCAAUACCUGGUUUCGUUAAAGCCGCUCGCAAAUUGAUCGACCAGAGCCGUGAGAACCGACAGUGGACAGAAAGCGGUGUUAUUGGACCGUCCAAGGGAAAACCGCCGUCGCAAGGAGCGCCAGCACAGGAAGUCCACCAGUGGUCCCCAACAGAUUUAGAGAUUUUACAAUUUAUGGAGCUUUGGGCUAGCUACCAGAAGUUUCCAAAUCACUCCCGAUUUCAAUGUUUCGGGUCUGCUAUCCUACGAGCCAUCGACAGGUAUGAAAAAGCCGAAAACUAUUCACCAUCAACAGGUUGGACUUUUCUGCAAGAAGUGGGUUGGAUACCAUCUUGGGAAAUUCCCGCUCGAUAUAACAUACGCUUUCCGGGUGUUGAUAUUAAGCGGGGAGGAAGCUAUAUUCGACCUUUCUUCGGCAACCUUCUUCGUCACGUAAAAAAGGAUACGUUGGCUCCCAUAAGGAAGCCAGUGAAGCUUACUGCUUUCUGUAUCGACUCCGAAACUACCAUGGAUAUCGACGAUGCAGUUUCGGUUGAGAAGACUUCUGAUCCUGACCAAUUUUGGAUUCAUGUCCAUGUGGCAGACCCGGCUUCUUCAAUCCCGGCUGAGACGCCGGUGGCUAAGUAUGCUGAGCUGAUUCCUGAAACCAUCUACUUGCCUGGUCAUUUCGAACGCAUGCUGCCCCAAGUUCUUGGCCCGGACAUAUUUUCACUGGCUCGGAAUAAGCCCUGCUUAACGUUCAGUGCAUUGGUACACAAGGACGGGUCCAUUUUGAAAACUAAAAUUACCCCUGGAUCCCUAAAAGGGGAUGUCCUGUACAUGACUGAUGAAGAUGUUGCUUCAGCGAUUGGUGGCCGCCGGGACUUUCCUGAUACAAGAACAAAAGACGAGAUAAGCAUUGGCCCUAUUCCAAAGACUAAGCCGCCACCGAGACAGAUGACUCGACCUCACCUUCUAAGUGAGGACCAAAGGAGUGACCUGGCGCUACUCUCAGAACUUGGCAAGGCGAUACAUGCUCGCAGACUGGAGAAAGGAGCCACCCCCUUCUUUCAUCCCCGCCCUGAAGCAAUGGCCUACUUUGACCACCUCCCACAACAAGAUGUUGAGAGCUUCACAUCUUUAAUGGGAGAUCCUGCAAUCCGUGUCGGGUACUCCAAACAGCCCGCAACUGACCUGGUCGAGAAUGUCAUGCGUCUAGCUGGUGAGAUUGCCGCCCGCUGGUGUUACGAACGUGGCAUCCCAAUCCCGUACCGCUCGCAGCCCCACGCCGCGCAGAAUGCCGACCAACUCCAACAGUUCACCAGUGAAGUCUUCUACCCUUUGCUCAGAGCCGGUAUCAAACCCAGCGAUAACCAGUGGCGUUAUCUCUGGUCUCUCACCGGAAACGACGAGCUUACCACGACCGCUGGCCCGUAUUUCACACUCGGCGUUGACAUGUACACCAAAGCAACAUCCCCGCUCCGUCGGUUCUCGGACUUAAUUGUCCACUGGCAGAUCGAAGCUGCUAUGUUGAAAGAGCACAAAACCAAGAAAUCCCUAAUCGGCAACAAGGACGACUCCUUCCUGCCGUUCAGCCGCGAGCGGCUCGACCGCAUGCUCCCCAUGAUCAAAUUACGCGAGAAGCAGGCGCGCUCCCUGAUUCGCGGCGACGGCGGGGACCAGUGGAUCCUGCAGGCGCUGGUGCGCGCGUGGCGCUUCGGCGAGGCCAAGAUCCCGGAUACCUUCCGGUUCACUGUGCUGCACGUCAACGGUCGCCGGUCCAUCCAGGGACGUCUGAAUUGGUUCGAGCGGUCCGCCGUCCUGCGCACGGAUGCCCUGAACGACGUCGUCCGCAUGAUGGAAGUGCGCGUCGGCGACGUGUACGAGGUCAAGCUGCAUAACAUCAACGUGCAUUCGAACCAGGUCUUCGUCGAGGCCCUCAGGGUGUUGGAGAAGGCGGAUGAGGCGGCAGCAGCGGCGGCGGCUAUCCUGCCGCUGGGGCCGCAGGCGGAGGCAAAUAAGACUGAUGAGGUCGUGCAGGCGUAGGGGCUUGACAUGCCAUAUGAUAAAAGGGAGAGAGAAAGAUAAGAGGUGGCUACUACUCCUUGCUAUUGAGAUAUCGCCACGCACGCCAUUUGUAGAUUACGAUGAUGUAUACGUACUUAGUAUAUAAAAACAACUCCAUUGCGCCACCAUCUGCUUCUACCUACUAGUGUACCUAGGUAGUAUAAUUAAUAUAUAAUAUCGCCCCCUCCAGACUAUCUAAAACUCUAUAGAGAAUAUAGACCUGGCAGACAAAAGAGGAGUAAAGCUCAAAGCCAUUAGAGAUUACUAGACUCGGAAGUAUAUUCGGUAAC